UACGACAUAUUGUUACCCGGGCGAGUCCUGCGCACAAUGUAAGCUGGAACCACGUGCGAAAACAAAACAACUUUAUAGUAAUCUGUGAAACAUGGGCUUCCCUGGUGGUGGAAGAGGGGGAGGUAGAGGAGGUGGUUUCCGUGGGGGAGGAGGUGGCUACCGUGGUGGUGGUGACAGGGGAGGAGGCUUUCGAGGAAGAGGAGGAGGGGGAGGUGGACGUGGUGGUGGUGGUGGCUGGCAAGAUUAUGGCCCACCUGAAGAGGUUAUGGAAAUGGGCGUCUUCACCCAUCCCUGUGAAGAUGAUCUUGUUUGCAGAGGAACCAAUGAGAAGAUCCCUUACUUCAACGCUCCAAUCUACUUGGAAAAUAAGCAACAAGUUGGAAAAGUGGAUGAAAUAUUUGGUUCCAUUAAGGACUUUUAUUUCUCUGUUAAACUGUCCAGUGACAUGAAAGCAAGCUCAUUUUCAAAAGCAACAAAGGUGUUUAUAGAUCCAGCUAAACUGUUACCUCUCCAGCGUUUUCUCCCCCGACCAGCAGGACAGAGGGGGGCAGGGAAAGACCGUGGGGGUAGAGGAGGACGAGGUGGUCGAGGUGGAGGUUUCCGUGGUGGUCGAGGUGGCGGAGGACGUGGGGGUGGGGGAUUCAGAGGAGGUGGGGGCUUCAGAGGGGUGGCGGCUUCAGGUCGGGGUGGAGGUGGAUUUAGGGGAGGAAGGGGUGGGGGAUUUAACAACAGAUAAAUAUUUUAAUUUGAUGAUGGAUACGAUUGUUUGGGUGGCAGAUAUUUGGAAAUGCUCAUGUUUGGGGAAGGAGCCUGUCUUGCGUAACAUGUCUGUUAUGGACAGUGAUCUGGAAAUGGCACUGGCCAGUUGGUUAAUGGAAUGAUGGAUGUUUGCAAAGGCUUAGCAACUGGUUCACAGUCUGAGCUGCAUUGUUUUCUGUGGCUCACAGGGCAGGACAAAAUAUUCAGCCAACAUACUUUGCAUUUGUUUUCAUAUAUCAAAUGAAAACAAGUUAAGACACAUAACUACAUCGGAAACUGCACCUAUCUGUCAGCAGACCUAUGUGCAAGUUCCUGUUGAUGUCAACAUACAUUACCAUUUUCAUCUGUGGCAUUUAUAUGUAAUGUACAGGCCAUCACCAAGGGGUGUUUCUGGACAUCUUUCACAUUCAGUGAGGGACCAUACUUUCUAAGUAGUUUUCCAUAUUGGUUUCAUGUCUCUUGAAUCAAUAACAAAUACAGAUUCUGGAAACUUAGAAAUAAUCUUCAAAGCAACUUUACAUUGUAUGAGCCCAUUUUCUGAAACAUUUGUUAGGGUUUAGAAACAUCUCAAUAUGAUACUUUUAAUUUCACUUACUAAAGUGUUGACUGAAUCAUUGUUACUGAAGUACUGAAUAUUCAGAAGUGAAUUUUAUUAAGUAAAAUAUUGAUGUAUCAA